AUGAAGGCCGACACAGGGCACCCGCUGAUGGGCUGCUUCUGCGGCCUCGUCUGUGGGCGCCAGGGUCUCGUUGAUGGAGCCGAGUUGGUGGCUAAGCACCUGGCCCAGGAUCUCUCUCAAGGGUUUGUGGGACGUGAGCAGGGCGGCAUCAAGGGUGCCAAGGCUGCCAUGCUGGCGGGCUUUCAGACCACGCAGCAGCGCUUCAUGCAGUACGCCCAGCGGCUCAGUGCCAACUCCGCGAAGAUCUGGCUGGCGGCCGAAACAAGCGCACUGACUUGCCUGGUCUUUGGUCCAGAGGGUCCUGAUUCGCAGCCGUGUCUUCUGGUGGGCGAUGUGGGCUCCGAUGGCAAAGCGCUGGUGCUGCGCCGUGACGGUUCUGUCUCGCAACGUUUGGGGCGCUGCCAGGGUCAGGAGGCUGCAGCCAAAACCAAGGAUGCGCUGAAAGCUUUUGAGCAUGGUCUGAAAGGACCAUCCAUCAGCUUUCCUCCCAUUCCUGGAGCUCGACUGCCAAAGGAAAAGAAGGGCUUCGGAGCUCAUGCGAAGGAAGCUGGUCUGAUGGCGCACCUGGAGCUCUGCCAGCUGGACUGGAGCAGUGAUGCCAUGCUGAUCAUGGGCAGCAAAGGUUUCUGGGACUCCUUUGAUGAGCAGCAGCUGAGACAUUUCGACACCUCCCGGAGGUCCUGUGCCGACCUGGCACAAAGCCUCUUGGACGCGAGCAGCUCGCGGCGCCGGACUGCUGAGGACUUGGCGGUGCUGGUGAUGCGCUUUCCCUGGGCUAUGAAGGCGACCCCUACAGUGCAGGAAAGGCGAAGAAGAAACAAAAAAGCAAAGAAGCGGAAAGUGGAGGAGGUGGACGAUAUCUUCGCACCAGCGCAGGUGCAGGAAGAGGUGGAGAGCAGCGAGGAGUCUUCCUCGUCGUCAAUCCCGGCGUCAGGUGUGCCUGUGAAGGUUGACCUUGAUGCUGAGGGGCAGGAACCAAAGGCCAAAAGCAAGGCCAAAGCCAAAGCCAAGGUGAAAGCCAAAAGCAAAGGCAAUGGCACAAAGAAGGCUGAAAAGAAGGAGGAUGCGCCUGAGGAUUCGCAGGAUCUGCAAAGUCAGGCACCGCCCGGCAGUGGCGCUGGUGCCGGGGAGCAGUUGAAGGAACAGUUUCACGCCGCGUUGUCCAAGCUGGACGAUCUCGCUUGUGUGAAGCGUCAGCGUGUGAUGCCUGCAGAGCUGUAA